GAUGCACACAUAGUUUUAAUGCACUCUGGAUUAAAGAAAGCUCUCCUAUCAUUGUCUGUUUGCGAAACCGCGAAACCGAAAUAAUGAGUCAUUUCAACCCAGGUCUUCUUGCAGUUUACAACAGUUUAACAGACAAACAUCUGACUGGAUACUUCAACAAUGCAAGAAUACGAAGACAUCUUCAAAAAGUCGGGCUGAUCACCCGGAGUGGACAGAUUGUUCCGGAUAAGGAGUACAAGCACAAGUUGAUCCAAAGAGCGCAUCAGAGACAUGUGAGGGAGUGUCUUGCUCAGGCCAUCUUCCACAAGGUGCUAGACAUGGAGCGCCUUCAUCAAACCAAGAUCAAGAGAAAACUUGAAGAAUUUGCACAGAGGGAACGAAUCCACAAAAUGAAGCUCUCCAAGAGAUAUGAUGAUGAGCCAUUGCUAAUGCUGUCGCCUCGGCCACCCAUGGGGCCAAAGAUCACACCCGCACGCCAUUCUGGACCGGAGGGAGAGCAUUCUGAGUCAACAGAAUCUCUGGGUUCCUCCAGGCCCAAUACAGCUCCUGGGAAGAUGCAGAGGCCCGUUCGACUCAAGCCCCUGAACAGCAACAGUGCCACAGCCUCUCAGAAAAGAACCUUUCCUGGAUACAGACACCUGGACCGAGACUCGUCCAAUGACAACGAUCAGCCCCUCAGUUAUACGCUGGACAGAGACACAAAGAGACAUUUGACCAUAACAGACUUCUCUAGUACCGUCUCGCCCUAUCGUCUCCCUGUCAUUAACAACUACGUGACCCCUGUGCCACCCCUCACAAAGAAGAAAGAAAGAGGGCCAAAACCGAAUGGUACACUUAGGGGUCGAAAGUUAAGACCUACUACUGCGCCAACAGCAUCUACAGAGCAGCCAUCCACUCUCCAGAAGACGUCUGCCCAGAGUAAAGUGUCUGUAAGAAUGAUGUACUUUGGAAAGAGUGUCCAACUUUCCCAUGAUCUAAUGGACCUCAGAGAUGAGGUGAAGGUCUUCCAGCAGCAUUGUGGAGGAGAGAACCUCUGUGUCUACAAAGGGAAGCUAAAAGAAGGAGAAAUUUUACAGUUUGUGUCAAGACGUCACCUAGGAUUACCCUUCAGCCUUACUUUCUUCCUGAAUGGCCUGCAAGUUGACCGGCUCAGCUCCUGCUGUGAGUUCAAACACAGGAAAGGCGCUCGACUCGGGGGCCGACACGGACACUUUGGAUUUUGUGGUGUGGAGGGAGCCUCUCCUUGCUACAAGUGUAUUAUUGCCAUGGGCUUGGACAAGAAACCCACCCCUCCUCCGAAAAGAGUUACAGAGGAUCUGCCCACCUCUAAAUCCCCUAAUGCUGAGGAGGCUACAGAUGACAAUGAGCACAUAGACACACAUUCUAAUGUGGAACCUGAUGCGCCUGAGGAAAUAGAGACAGAGCCCAAUGGAGAAUCAGCAGGACAAAAGAAGUCCAAAGAUGAGUAUGAGGAAGACUUCGAGGCAGAUGAUGAAGGACAUGUUGAAGAUGGCAAUGAAGUUGUGGAAAAGCCAUCUUCUGCUGUCAAUGAUGGAGAAAAAGAACAUGAGACCAGGGAUGAAAAUGAAAAUGACGUAAAUGAAAAGCACUUUGAGUCCGACAGUGAAGCUGAGGAUGCUAAUAUGUCUAAAGUCAGAAGGUCAUCAUCUGUCUCAUCUGGUCAAAUGUCCAGCUUAUCUAGCAGUGACAAUGAAAACAGUGAGAGAGAAAUUCAGGAUGAGACCAAAAAAGUAACUUCUGCUAAUGUUCCAGAGGAGCACUUACACGCUGAUCCAGAGGAAGUCCUCACAACUGCACAGACCACAGCUGAGACAAAAAUGGAGAUGACAGACAUCACAGAGUCCAGCUCUGUUACACUGCCUCAAGCUGUUGAGAUAGACUCUGGGACACAGGAUGGUCAAGGGGACAGCAUGGUGAAGAGUGACCUGGAAAUGUCAGAAGAAACAGAGAAGACAGAGGGAACUGAAGGUGAGGAGGAUGGGGAGGAAGCCAAACCUGAAGAUAAGCCACAAGAGACUGAAUCGGAGAGGGGUGAGUAUAUGCAUGGAAACUAGUCUUGUGUGCUGUGUACCUGUUUUGGUGGGACCUUUUAUGUUUAUAUCUGUUUAUAUAGGCUUUUUAAAAAUCAGAAUUGGAGAAGUUUGCAAACAAUUUGAUUGAUUCAACUUGAGCAUAUUUAGCAUCUUCUCCAGACAUAAGAUUCAAUGAAAUAGUUCAUUUAAUGAAUUCUUCUCAUGAGGAGAGAAUAGUUUAGAUUUAUGAUUAGUUAUGAUGACAUGGUUUAUUGCAACAAUGGGUCACCACUUAUUAUUCCAGUUCUGAUUGUGUUUAAAGCCGAAUGUGCAUUACACAUAUUUCAUUGUAAUUCUCAAGGCCCCGGAAAUCCCAUUGUUUUUAACUCUUUGGGUGGCUUUGCAAACUGAAUUUUUUUUUGUGAUUUUGGGGUUUAUUUUGUUUGUGUUUGGCAUAUGUAAAUCAAAUGUGUUUUGAUGUGUUUUUGAUUGCAUGUUGUUUGUUUUGUCAUAUGCAUACUGCUCUGUAUAAACCAAUAUUUCUUGACAUUUGCAAUCUGUCAAGCAAUCUUAAUUAGACUUGAAAUUUACAUUUAUGCAUUUGGCAGAUGCUUUUACCCAAAGCGACUUACAAUGCACUUAUUACUGGGACAAUCCCUCUGGAGCAACCUGGAGUUAAGUGCCUUGCUCAAGGACACAAUGGUGGUGGCUGUGGGGAUUGAACCAGCAACCUUCUGAGCCCAUUACACCACCGCCACUCCCUAUACUGUUGAAAUAUUGUUGAAGUCAGAAGUUUGCAUACUCUUUGGUUAAAAAAUUAAUUUGAAUGACUCUCCACAGAUUUAAUAUUAGCAAACUAUAGUUUUGGCAAGUAAUUUAGGACAUCUACUUUGUGCAUGACAUAGAUAAUUUUUCCAACAAUUGUUUAAAGACAGAUUGUUUCACAUUUAAUUGACUAUAUCACAAUUCCAGUGGGUCAGAAAUAUACAUACACCAAUUUAACUGUGCCUUUAAGCAGCUUGUAAAAUUACAGAAAAUGAUGUCAAGCAUUUAUACAAUUAGCCAAUUAGCUUUUGAUAGGAGGUGUACUGAAUUGGAGGUAUACAUGUAGAUGUAUUUUAUGGCCUACCAUCAAACUCAGUGCCUCUUUGUUUGACAUCAUGGGAAUGUCAAAAGAAAUCAGCCAAGACCUCAGAAAUAACAUUUGUGGACCUCCAUAAGUCUGGUUCAUCCUUAGGAGGAAUUAGAAGGUAACGCGUUCAUUUGUACAAACAAUAGUACACAAAUAUAAACACCAUGGGUCCUGGUCUUCUGGUCUUAAACACAAAUUGAACUGUUUGGCCUUAAUGACCAUCUUUAUUUUUGGAGGAAAAAGGGUAAGGCUUGCAAACCGAAGCUCACCAUCCCAAUCGUGAAGCAUGGGGUUGGCAGCAUCAUGUUGUGGGGGUGCUUUGCUGCAGGAGGAACUGGUGCACAUCACAAAAUAGAUGGCAUCAUGAGGAAGGAAAAUUAUGUGGAUAUAUUGAAGCAAAAACAUCAGCCAGGAAGUUAAAGCUUGUUCGCAAAUGGGUCUUCCAAAUGGACAAUGACCCCAAGCAUACCUCCAAAGUUGUGGCAAAAAUGUCUUAAAAACAUCAAAAUCAAGGUAUUGGAGUGGCCAUCACAAAGCCCUGACCUCAAUCCAAAACUGAAAAAGCAUGCGCAAGCAAGAAGGCCUACAAACCUGACUCAGUUACACCAUUUCUGUCUGGCGGAUUGGGCCAAAAUUCCAGCAACUUAUUGUGAGAAGCUUGUGGAAGGCUUUUGACCAAAGUUAAACAAUUUAAAGGCAAUUCUACCAAAUACUAACAAAGUGUCUGUAAGCUUCUGACCCACUGGGAAUGUGAUGAAAGUAAUAAAAGCUGAAAUAAAUAAUUCUCUCUACUAUUAUUCUGACAUUUCACAUUCUUAAAAUAAAGUAGUGAUCCUAACUGACAUAAGACAGGGAAUAUUUUCUAUGAUUAAAUGUCAGGAGUUUCAAUUUAUAUGGCUAAGUUGUGUGUAAACUUCUGCCUUCAACUGUAUGUAUGACAAGUCGCUGCAAAACAACCGCAUAUCUGUAUACAACAGCAUGCAUUACUCGCUGGCGUACUGUAUGUAUGGAUUUACAAAUUUAAUGGUUGAAAAUAUAGAGCAGGUUUCUGUGUCCUUUCAUCUUUAGGAAGCUGUUCAUCUCUGAUUUUCUUGUGCUUGAACCAUUCAAAAAGUACAUGGAACCAUUUUGAAUGUGUUUUCUAUUAUACAUAAUUAUAGUAAUUGGCUUAAUUUUUACACUUAAUGAUAUCGAUAAGAUUUUGUUUAAAUUCCUUGUUAUUCAAUGUGGAUUCCCAUCAGAGAUGGUUAUGGAUCUUUUUUGUGCACCUGUCCUGUGUGAUAGCAUUAAAGUGAUUG